AUGGGCAGCAGCGAUGUUUUAGCAAAGUAUUUCUGUGGAGACAGCCGAGGUUACUUCUACAGAGAGAAGACGUUUGAGGGAACUGACGAGGAGUAUAUUGAGGCAAAGCGGCAAUCCUCAACAGUGUUUGUGUCGAAUGUGAGUGCUUUGGUAUGUGAGGAGAGGAUAUGGGAGUUGUUUUUGCUGUGUGGACGAGUGCGCAGAGUGAUAAUGGGAUUGAACAGGAACACACUACGCUUUUGUGGGUUUUGCUUUGUUGAGUUCUAUACUACAGAGUCUGCAGAUGCAGCAGUAAAGUAUUUGAAUGGAUUUAGGUUUGAGCAAAGUCCACUAUCGAUUGACAAAGACUAUGGAUUUGUGGAUGGCAGGCAAUACGGAAGGGGAAUGUUUGGAGGCCGAGUCAAGCAAGAUAAACUAUAUGUAGAAGAAAGACACCACAGGGAUGUGAAGAGAGGCAAGUAUGCAAGACGCUUCAGAUGA